AUGACAACCAUCGAACUGGCCCAGCUCAAUCCGAGCGCAAGACGGACUAUGCACGGCUACGAGAGACUAGCCGGCCUAAUGGCCAACGACAAGGGCCUUUCCAUCUUCCGCUCUUUCAAGAAACUCAAUGCAAAGAACCUACUUUACCUGCAAGCGGAGAUUGUCAACGUACAGACCGAGCUUGAAGGUAUCAUCGAAGCAGACGAGACUUCACAGGAUGAAGAUCGCGAGAAGUUUUCCACGUCCGUAUGCUUUUUGAAGGAGGGCAUCGAGUCAGGCUCAGAGCAGUGGGCGAAAGUGCUGGAAUUGCGAGAGUUGUUGGACAAAUAUAACACCGCAGCCCUGCAAUACGCCCAAAUCCUACGCCUCAAACGCCCGCACGACACAGACCGCGACGUCUUCAAGACCUGGCUAUCGCAGAAUGCAUUCUGCAGCACGAUUGCAGAGUUCAAUCAGUGGUUUGGAGAAGAGGGGGUCAACGACGAGGAGAACGAGCGCGAUCUGGUGACACUUUGCGGACGGUAUGAGAAUGUAGAUUCGCUGACUAGAUGGGUGUUUCGCGUUCUUGUCCCGUGGUUUCAUGAGAGGGUUGGGGUUCGGAGGACGAAAGAAAAAGACAUCGAAGCUGGGACAGUCUACUAUGACGACGAGAAGAUUAUCCGUGCGACGAGGGUAACGAGCACAAUUACCUCUUCAGUGAUCCCGGCUAGCUCAAUGCUGGUGCUGUAUCUCGUCGACCAUAUGGUUUGGCGGCUCAUCAUCAUCGUGCUGUACAAUAUCGGGUUUUCGAUCAUACUAGGCCUUCUGGCAAAGGCGAGGCGUGUGGAGGUUUUUGCGGCUUCGACGGCGUGA